AGCCCCCCGCUCCUCGGCACCGCUGUCUUCUGCCCUCGGUGCCAACUGUCCCUGCCGGGCCUGCGGACUUCUCGCGGAGUUGUGUCGUGUUUCGCUUGUGGCAAAUUAGCUCCAAUGCACCACUCCAGCAGAGUCUUGCUUCCCGAAGCUGUAGCGCUGCUAAUAAACAACUUUGGGUUUAAGGAUAAGGUUUUUAGAGAUGUGGCUUUAAUUAACUUCCAGAGGAUUUGUUGGCGCAGGAGCUGCCGUGGGGCUGUCCUAUCAUAGUUACUCCGCGGGGAAUUGGCACCUUUAAGCUACCCCGGUGCUUCUCUGGCUGCAUCCAUACAAAAAGAUUUAAUGUAGGAAUUAGUUGUUCACCUGGUGUAGCGUGGCUAGAGCCGGGACAACAACAUUCGCUUAUUCUGGCCUUAUGACCACUAAAUGACCCUUAACUAUGUGAUCAGCUGCGUGGGAAAUGGUCAGAGCCAGGAAAUGCUCUUAGAUGGAAGUUCUGGAGUAGCUCAACUCAUCUGAGUGUUGGGAUUGAAGUGGGAAAAAGGCUCCCUGCUUUUCUUCACGUGGAAAGCUCUUGCACCUUGUUCCUCAGCCACCCCCACAUCCCCACCCUUGAGGAAAAGAAAAGAGAGUUUCUUACAGCUUUUUAUGUUGCAAAUGAGAUGUCCCACCAGCACCUGGGGGCCUCUUUGACACCUGUUUGCUGUGUGUGUCUGUGGCAUCCCGAGAGCACCCGUACAGAUGCGGCCCCGGCAGGUGUUUGCAGGGGCUCUGUGUCCCCAUCCCUGUCCCUGGUGGUGCUCAGAGCUGGAGAAGGAAUCCUGCUCCUCAUGGGAACUUGGGCCAGAUGGGUCCUUCCGUGUUUUAUUGCCACUUUGUCAUUUUGGGGGAAUUUCGAAAACUUCUUUCCCCUCAGCUGAUGAGAACUUGAGCUGCAGUAGUGGAGUAGAAAUCCAGUGCUUCCAUUCAGGAAAAUGUGAUGAGAUUUGGCCCUUCUGAUGGGGAAGAGUUGGAUUUGGAACGAAAGCAAAAUGGCUCGAGGACGCAAGAGCAAUAGCAUCAAACAGAGCGACUUCACUAACAGCACCAAUCCUCAGGAUUUAGAGAGAAGACUUUUUGUCGGCAAUUUGCCCACAGACCACAUGACUCGUGAAGAAAUGGAAGAGAUAUUUUCAAAAUAUGGCAAAAUCAGGGCCCUCAGCAUGUACCAUGGCUAUGGGUUCGUGCAGUAUGACCGUCUAGAAGAUGUCCAGGCCGCUCUGGACGGUGAGAAGGGUCGCCUUUAUAAAGGGUAUAGAUUAGAUAUUAAUAAAGCAGUGGAAAGAAGAAAUAUGAAUAAGGCUUCAUCAAGGUCCAGUCCGACACGAAGAGAGCCAUAUGCCUACGGGGAUGGCCGAGAUGGCAGACGCGACCGUUCCCCUCUUCGGGGGAGCCCACGGAGGGACCCCAGAGAUGGCAGGGAUGGCAGGAACGGGCGAGAUGCCAGAGACGCUCGAGACAUUCGAGCCAGAGACAUGCGUGACGCCAGAGACCACAGGGACCCACGGGACCUGCGAGACCCACGGGAUAUCAGGGAUCCAAGGGACCUGCGGGACCCGCGUGAUGUUAGAGAUCUUCGUGACCCACGGGAGCCGCUGUAUGACCGAUACAGGGAUCCGCGGGAUAUGAGAAAUGCACGAGAUGUGAGGGAUCCACGGGAUAUGAGAGACCCGAGAGACCCCAUGUACAGACGAGAUGAAUCUUACGACCGUUACCUGCGCCUUGAGGACUAUUACCGGCGCAAGGACGACUCUUACUACGACCGCUACAAGGACCAUUUCGAUAGAGCUCCAGUGAAUUCAGAGGACCGCCUGAAGCGCGAGGAGCGGCGCCGGGAGGAGCUGUACCGUCAGUACUAUGAGGAAAUCAAGAGGCGUUUCGAUGCAGAGAGACCUGUGGAUUGUUCUGUGAUAGUGGUGAAUAAACAGACAAAGGAAUACGCCGAGUCAGUGGGGCGGAAGGUGCGGGAUCUGGGCAUGGUAGUGGACCUGAUCUUCCUCAACACAGAGAUGUCACUGACACAAGCCCUGGACGAUGUGAGCAGAGGAGGGUCUCCUUUUGCCAUUGUCAUCACCCAGCAGCAUCAAGUUCACCGCUCUUGCACUGUUAACAUCAUGUUUGGCACCCCACAAGAACACCGCAACAUGCCCCAAGCUGAUGCCAUGGUGCUGGUGGCAAGGAAUUACGAGCGCUACAAAACAGAGUCCCGGGAGAAGGAGCGGGAGGAGAUCGCCCGGCAGGCUGCCAAGAUGGCAGACGAAGCUGUUCUGCAGGAGAGGGAGCGCCCACCCCCCAUGGAGGAGGGUGUCAGGGGAGGUCACCCUCCCGGGAUCCAGGCUCUCUUGAACCUGCUGGCAGACAAUCGCUACCUGACUGCUGAGGAGAUAGAUAAAGUCAUUAAUUACCUGAGGGACCGGAAGGAACGGUUACUGCGGGGCAGCUCUGAAUCUCUGCAGGCACCCAUGUCAAGACAGUCUUUGGGGGCACCUUCAGGAUCAUCCCUGGGUAGUCAGUCCAGCCUUCCAAGCUCUCAGACUCAUCAGGGUUCACAGCCUCUGGUCUCUACUCCUUCUGUUCCAGUAUCCUCUUCUAAUCCUCAGCAGGAGCUUCAAGCAAAAAUCCUCAGUCUCUUCAACAGCGGGGCGGCAGCAGCGGCGGCCGCCGUGGCAAACAGCAGUCCCGCGGCCCCCGCGGGCUCUUCGGGCAACACUCCCAACCAGAACUUUGCUAACCUGGCCAGCGGGCAGCCCCGGCCAGCACAGAUGAGUGCUGGAAAUCUAAACCAGGCUCAGCAGAGAUUGCAGACUCCAAGCACGCAGCUUCCUGCUCUGCCGGGCCCUUCGAGAAACGCGGGUCUGAGACCUGGGGCUCCUCCACAACCUCAGCCGCUCUAUGGUCAGCACCAAACCCGCCUCCCUGCGCCUGGCAGUGUGCCCGCUCAAAGGCCAGUGUCCUCUGGUAUCAACUUUGACAACCCCAGUGUACAGAAAGCCUUGGACACCCUUAUCCAGAGUGGUCCUGCGCUCUCCCACCUUGUGAGCCAAACUGUGGCCCAGGGGCGAGCAGGGUCCUCAGCCCAGCAGCCGAUGGGUUCCUACCAGCGACACUAUUAGAGCUGAGCUGUGAGGCCCAUUCCCCUUCCCUUUGCCAUUCCAUACUUAUAGCUGUUUAAGGAGUCUCCCAUCCUUGACCCAGGACAGAUGCCCUGGACGUGCAUGUCCUCUCCACUCUGGUGAGAGCAUACCCCCCACAGCAUUGCUGCCCAUGGUUGCUGGUGCUGCCCUCCUUCUCCUUGAUCUGGUUAGCAGUGUUUGGAGCAGAAUGCUCCAUUUUCUCUGCAGCACAAUGUUGGAUCAUUGGUUGUGUUGUCCCAUCCCAGAAACUGCCGCAGUAUCAGUCCUGCUGCAUUUUCCUCACUCCCAGCACCUGGUGCACCUUCCCACUGAGCUGCAGUCUGGGCUCACUGAAUGGUCUCAGUAUAGUUUUGGGUCAGUGGUUUUGAGGAAUUAAGGGACUGAACACAGCGUCGUGCUGAUGGGCCUUGGACACCCACCACUGUAGGCACUGUUUUUCUUUGGAAUUCUUUUUUUUUUUUUUUCUUCUUUUUUUAAUGGUGUAUAAGCCAGUUGGGAAGUACAGUGAUAACACUAGCAGCCAAAAUCGUGAAGCACAUGCCUGACCACUGCUCAGUAACCAGAACUGUGCCCUGCAGUCCCUCCAUGCUGGCCUGCCGUGUCCCGGCAGGGAGGCACGUGCUCCUCACCUCGCCCUGUGUUGAGCACAGAUCUGCAGCACGAGAGCUUCCAGCCAAGGCAGAGGUUUCAAAUGGUCUGUCAGUGUUCCUACACCAAGUAAUCAGUGUCAAGAUCAGUCUGUUAAAUUUGGUGUAUAAAUUUCCUUUUCUUACAGCCUUUGGGACGGUUGUUAGUGUAGAUCAGCUGCAGCCAUGCUGAUAUGCUGCUGGCCCUCCCCUGGGAAUACCUAACUCUAAGUACGGGGGGGAAUCCUGCUCUCUGAAACCUCACCUUGUUGUUAUGGGGCGUUCUGUCCAUCUGAGGAGGAGAGGCAGUGCCAAGAUGCAAUACCAUAAUUUUAUACAUUUUUUCAGUGCUUUGGUAGCUGCAGUGGACAGUGGAGUGGAAGAUCAGGCAGUGAUUCUUCACCGUGUUUUUAACCGGUAACAUACUUUGAUACCAGAACACAAAACAUCUCUUAACUGUGUGGUCCUCCCCAUCAUGGCCUUCUUGGAGUCUGUGGGUUUCCUACAGGGAACCGAGAGACACUGAGGAAGCAGAGGAUUUACUUUGUCCCAGGUGGUUUUGUGUUGUAGCAUUUCUUUUCUCUCUGUGCUGUUAACAAGAGGACAUUACUUUCUAAUAAAAGGCC